AUGUCUCCUGAGUCUUGGAAUUCCUGUUUCCAUCGCCGAGCCGGCAUACGCCAUCCGCCCUGGCCAAACUCGCUUUAUCGAAGGCUCGCCAUGUCGAGGCUCGAGCAGACUGGCGACGAGUCGCUUGCUUGCUCGUGCUCAGACGCUCGGCCAACGCUCACUCCGGCUCCCGGGAAUGGAGAAUGCCAGUAG